AUGUGCCUCGGAGGCAUCCGCCGGGGCGUCCAGCAGCCCAAGCAACGUCUCGUUGGCGUUCAGCCUCCAGUAGUCUCUCUGUUCUCCUCGAUUGGAACCCACCCUUUGCAGCUGUUCUCGGUUUCGGUAGAUCCCACACUCCCUGCAGAUUCAGUUAUCCACUUCCUGAACGACCACACUUCCUUGCCGCCGCCCGAUGCAAGCGUACAACUUAUCCAGAUUCCCGAGCAAACCGAGCAAGAGUCCUCCUGUGAUCAAUCUUCACCGCACGACUUGACUUGUGUGGUUCUCCAUGUCCAAUCACCCACAAUCCAAACCACAUUUAUCCGCUGUCCGCCCUAUAAUGAUGGAUCCAAAGCAACGCUUGGCCUAACGCACCAAUGGCUGCAUAUGCAGCUCAGAGACCUGGGACGUGAAUUUAGCUUUGAGAUUGGAUUGGUUGAUACCGCCGGACGGGCGGGGGUGCUUAGGUGUUCGACGUUCCAGGAGGAGCCGCGAAUUGAAGCACUAGAUCCACCGCUUCUCCAUGUCCCCCUCGAUAUCUCGCCUCCAGGGUGUACGAACCCAUGGCGUACUAUUGCGAUCAACCUAGCAACAGCUAUCACACACUUUGCUACUGCACCCUAUGCAAUCGAUGAGCCACACACGGCGCUCAUCCCUUCGGGAAACUAUGCUUCCACAAGUUAUCUGAAGGUUCAUGCCAAUUGUCGACUAAGACGCAUAUGGCUUUCUCGGUCUGCUGAUGGAAGCGCAAAUCAAGCCUGGGAAUUUGGUCUGUAUACCGGCUAG